AGUCCAGCGGCACCGCCAAAGCCCCAAAUAUGAGGACGGGCAAUAAUAAUGAAUUUGGGGCCAAACGCCGCAAACGGUGGAUGGGGUAUUGGGUUGGAGCGGGCUCAUGUCAUGAGAAACUUGGGGCCAAUAUCACGUGAGACUUGGGAGAGAUGAAUGGUUUUAUGAGUGGGGAGAGGAUGAUCUUCGGUGACGAUGAAUGGAGACGCGAGCGGGAGGGGAAGAGAGAGAGAGAUGGAAGGCGCAACACGUUGGCCAUCGUCUAGCCAUCCAUAAUCCUAAUCUACAAGGCUUCUACACUUCAAUCAUUUGAAUUGGGCUUCGAGAUCCGGUGGGAAGAGAUUGGGAGCGUUCGAUCGAAUGGCGUCCGUUGAAACGAGGUCGCGGAGGGCACCAAGCUCGAAGAAGGCCAAGCCAGAGAGGUCCAGGGUGAAACCGCGCGGGCCACCCCGGCUCCAGUCCACUAAAUCGCUUCACCAAGAUUUUAGUUUCACCAGUGGCUCCAUGCCUUGCUCCAUGGAGGAAGCCGGUGACAAAAAGGAAUUGAAGGAAUCGAUGACGAAUCUUCCUUCUUUGGAUGAAGAGGACAAGGGGAAUUUCCAGGCGAAUGAUGAGUCGCCGUACAGUUCGAGGACGACUUCCUGGGAGGACAAAUCUCUGGAAGGAGAGGGAGAUGGUGAAUCCGGGGAUGUGACUUCUAGAUUGCCCGUCAUCUCUCCGUCGCGGAUCAACUCCAGAUGGAGCGAUACCAGUUCUUAUGGCGCGAAAAAGAAGGUUCAAGCUUGGUGCCAACUUGCAAAUGGUGAUUGGGCAUUAGGGAAGAUACUGUCAACUUCUGGGGCAGAAUCUCUUAUAUCUCUUCCUGAGGGUGAAUUGAAGGUUUUAAAGCUGAACACUGAGAGUCUGUUACCUGCAAACCCUGAAAUUCUUGAUGGUGUGGAUGAUCUUAUGCAACUCAGUUAUUUAAAUGAACCAUCAGUAUUAUACAACCUGCAAUAUAGAUAUUCACGAGAUAUAAUAUAUACUAAAGCAGGACCAGUUUUGGUUGCUAUCAACCCAUUUAAAGAAAUAAAUCUUUACGGAAAACAUCUCAUUGAAGCAUAUAAGCGAAAAGCUAUUGACAGUCCACAUGUUUAUGCAAUAGCAGAUACAGCUAUUAGCGAAAUGAUAAGAGAUGAAGUUAAUCAAUCGAUUAUUAUAAGUGGUGAGAGUGGAGCAGGAAAAACUGAAACAGCAAAAAUUGCUAUGCAAUAUUUGGCUGCUCUUGGAGGGGGUAGUGGCAUAGAAUAUGAAAUCUUGCAGACAAAUCCCAUACUAGAAGCAUUUGGCAAUGCGAAAACAUCAAGAAAUGACAAUUCCAGUCGCUUUGGCAAGCUGAUUGAAAUUCAUUUCAGCAUGACUGGGAAAAUUUCUGGUGCCAAGAUUCAAACAUUUUUACUUGAGAAGUCAAGAGUUGUUCAAUGUGCCAUUGGGGAGCGGUCGUAUCACAUCUUUUAUCAACUGUGUGCUGGAGCUUCAUUAUCUCUUAGAGAGAAACUGAAUUUGAGAAAAGCAGAUGAAUACAAAUAUCUGAAGCAGAGUAAUUGCUAUUCUGUUGUGGGGGUUGAUGAUGCUGAAAGGUUCCACACUGUGAUGGAAGCUAUGAGUAUCGUUCAUAUCAGCAAAGAGGAUCAGGAUAAUGUAUUUGCGAUGCUAGCAGCGGUUCUAUGGUUAGGCAACAUCUCCUUUACUGUGAUAGAUAAUGAAAACCAUGUUGAAGUUGUUGCAGAUGAAGGGGCACAUACUGUUGCAAAACUUCUUGGAUGCAGUAUUGAUGAUCUAAAGAUAGCUCUGUCAACUCGUAAAAUGAAAGUUGGCAAUGAUAAUAUUGUGCAAAAGCUGACUCUUUCACAGGCAAUCGAUACAAGAGAUGCAUUGGCCAAAUCAUUAUAUGCUAGUCUUUUUGAGUGGCUUGUAGAACAGAUCAACCAAUCACUUGCUGUAGGCAAGCGCCGCACGGGCAGAUCCAUCAGUAUUCUUGAUAUUUACGGCUUUGAAUCUUUUGAUAAGAAUAGUUUUGAACAGUUUUGUAUUAAUUAUGCCAAUGAAAGGCUGCAACAACAUUUUAACCGCCACUUGUUUAAGCUGGAGCAGGAAGAAUACAUCCAAGAUGGCAUUGACUGGGCAAAAGUUGACUUUGAAGACAAUCAGGAUUGUCUAAAUCUUUUUGAGAAAAAACCAUUAGGAUUAUUGACUCUUCUUGAUGAGGAGUCCACUUUUCCAAAUGGUACCGAUCUAACUUUUGCGAACAAGCUUAAGCAGCAUCUCAAUUCGAAUCCUUGCUUCAGAGGGGAAAGAGGCAAAGCUUUCACUGUUCAUCAUUAUGCUGGGGAGGUGGUCUAUGACACAUUAGGAUUCUUGGAGAAGAAUAGGGAUUUAUUGCACAUGGACUCUAUUCAACUUCUCGCUUCUUGCAAAAGCUGUCUUCCUCCAACAUUUGCAUCCAAAAUGCUAUCUCAAUCUGACAAUGUGGCUUGCAAUCCAUAUAGAUCCAGCGCUGGAGAUUCCCAAAAGCUAAGUGUUGCAACAAAGUUUAAGGGGCAACUAUUUCAACUGAUGCAAAGACUUGAAAACACCACACCCCAUUUCAUACGCUGCAUUAAGCCAAAUAACUUGCAACUGGCUGAAACUUAUGAACAAGGACUUGUACUCCAGCAACUUAGAUGUUGUGGAGUUCUAGAAGUUGUUCGGAUAUCAAGAUCUGGCUAUCCUACCAGAAUGUCUCACCAAAAAUUUGCUAGGAGGUAUGGCUUUCUUCUUCUGGAAAAUGUUGCAUCUCAAGACCCGCUUAGUAUUUCAGUGGCAAUUCUUCAACAGUUCAAUAUUCUCCCAGAGAUGUAUCAAGUUGGCUACACAAAAUUGUUCUUCCGUACGGGACAGAUCGGUGCACUUGAAGAUACAAGAAAUCGUACCCUACAUGGUAUUUUGAGGGUUCAGAGCUGUUUUCGAGGCCAUCAAGCUCGUCGUCUUGUGAAGGAGCGCAGAAAAGCAAUUGUUACAUUGCAAUCAUUCGUUCGAGGUGAGAAGACUAGACGGAUUUACUCAGGCUUGCUACAGAGACACAGAGCUGCAAUUGUUUUACAGAGAUAUGUAAAAUGCCAAUCUGCUAGGAAAAGUUUUAUAGAUGUUUGUAAUGCUACAGUUACAAUACAGUCCGUUAUUCGUGGAUGGCUUGUCAGAAGGUGUUCUGGAGAUGUUGGUUUACUAAACACUGCCAAGAAACUCGAAGGUGCAAAGGAAUCUGAUGAGGUGCAGGUGAAGGCAUCUUUCCUUGCAGAGCUACAAAGAAGAAUUCUGAAGGCUGAGGCUGCACUAAGAGAGAAGGAAGAGGAGAAUGACAUCCUCCAUCAGAGGCUGCAGCAGUAUGAGAGCCGAUGGUCAGAGUAUGAGCACAAGAUGAUAUCCAUGGAAGAGGUGUGGCAGAAACAAAUGAGAUCCUUGCAGUCCAGCCUUUCAAUCGCAAAGAAAAGCCUCGCCACUGAUGAUGCAGCUCGGCGAUCUGAUGCAUCAGUGGAUCAAAGCUGGGACGGUAAUGGAAACCAUAUUGGAACCAGAGGGCGGGAGGAGAGUCACGUGCGAUUGGGGUCACGCGUCCUGGACAGAGAUAUGAGUGCUGGCCUUGGCGUUAUCAGCCGCCUGGCUGAAGAAUUCGAGCAGCGGAGCCAGGUUUUUGCAGACGAUGUAAAGUUCUUGGUGGAGGUGAAAUCUGGGCAGGCUGAGGCAAAUCUAAAUCCAGAAAAAGAACUGAGGAGGCUAAAGCAGAACUUUGAAUCAUGGAAGAAGGAAUUCAGCAUGCGGCUCCGAGAGAGCAAGGUGAUGAUAAACAAGCUUGGAGCUGACGAUGCAAAUUCAGAUAAGGCAAAGAGGAAAUGGUGGCCAAGGUUGAACAGCGCAAAAAUUAUUUAACUCGUUCUAACAUACAUGUAUACCAUUACUUGGCUCUCAUGCCAAUUUAUCACCAUCUGUGGGGAGAAUCCACGUGUUGCAGUGCAACUCAAAACAUUUUAGGAUACCGUGUGGACACCCUAAAAUUAUUUCUCUACUCUACUGCUUCCCCUUAAAUCAGUCUGUAAGUAGCAAGCCAUUGUGCCAUGGCUCCAGAAUAUAUAAUCACAUGCUGGACAUGAUAAAAUAUACAUAUAUCACUGCUUGGCUGGGAA